AUGGAAUAUUAUCGGAUUCUAUUGUCAUUUUCGGCGAUUGCACUCGUUUGCUCCGUCGCAGAAGCAACUCCUCUUGAUGGGAAUACUCUAAAAACAGUCAACGGAAUCUGCAAACAGACCGCGGACACCAAAUUCUGCACAAGGGUCUUUUCCAACAACCUGGUGACUUCUUCCCCACGCAAGAAAGAUCUCGUGAACGCUACAGUGACAGAAGCUGCAAAACACUCGGCCACCACUUAUUUCUUCAUCAGCACACUCCUCAGAAAUGCUGGAGACGAGAGGACCAAUCUGCAGAUGUGCGCUGAAGCUUACGCCAUUGUCAACACGGCGUUCACGAAUGCUAUCUCUUUCUGCAAUCAAGGAGAAUACAGUAAGAUCCUCAAUCUCCAAGGGCAGGUUUAUGAUGGUGUUGGUAUCUGUAAGACAGAUUUUAUUGUCCCCGGUUAUGAGAUCAAUCCCUUGAUUGAGAAAAACAGACAGACGAUUGUCUUAGUGUCCAUGCAAAAGAUUGUUUCUUCAUAA